AUGAGCUCCGAAAAAAAGACAACGAAUCCAAAUACCAAGAACCGGAUCAAGCAAAAGUAUAUCGAUAUCGCUGCUUGUAGUUUCAUGAUGUUCCAUGGAAAGGAUUUUCCGGGAAAGAGGGCAAGACAGAAGUUCAAGAAGGUGUUUCUCAUGGAUAAAAAAAAGUAUGAGUUGGGAAAGAGAGUUCUAACUGUUGAUGGUAAAUACAAGUCAAUGCUGUCCAACAACUACAAAGGCUACUUUCUUCUAGAUGAAGGCCACAACAUCAUCAAGCAGGCAGAUGGGACACCUGUCUUCUACUACGGCCAGAAACGUGUGGUCUCAAGGGCAAUUGCAACUAAAGUGAUAAAGAGACAUGACGACGUUGUAACAGUAAGACUGUUGCGGAAUUCUGUUUACUCCAAGAAAACCUUUGUACAUACUAUAAGGCUUGGAUUCCGCAAUGGGGAAUUCUACCAUGAAGAAAUCGGGAAAAAAAAACUGGAAGAAAUGUAUGUUCCCUCUUUACAGAAUAAAGACCAGAUAGAUUAA